AGUACUCAAAUAUACCUUGCAUUCAAUAGAUGCUUGACUAUUUACGCGUAAAUUUUUUUAUAAAUUCAUAUUAUUGCUCUCUGUUGUGCACUCUCUACUUAUACAUACAGUCGUACCUGCAAUUUUGUGAUAUCUAUACAUAAAUGUUUUAUUAAGGCAUACUACAUAUAUUGUGAAUAAUCAUAUAGAAUAUAAAAGGUGAAAUAAGUUGCAUUCAUUAAAAAGAUAAGCACUACGUGUACAUACAAAGACCUUAUCGCUGUACGCAUUCAUCAAUGAUACAGGCUUGAGAUUUUAAAAAAUGCUACUCGAUUCUUAUUGAGACAGAAAUCAUCAAUUUUAGAUUAAAUUUCAUAACUUUUCGAACGUCUCACAAAUAAAUAAAAAUAUCUCACAAUAAUAAUAAAAAAGUGUUGAUUGAAAACAGCAGUGACAUAAUAACAUCACAACAUACAUUUCUGUAUAUAGAUAUAAAAGAAGAAGACCGAACGGAGAAGAAGAAGAAGAAGCUUAUAUUGUUAAUAAUUUAAUAUAAGCAGCCAUAAAAUGUUGAUGCGUUCAUCAUCAUUAAUUGUACUAGUGGCCAUUGCUGGAUAUCUUUUUGCAACAGGUGACGGAGAGCAACAGACAUCAAAGAACGUCAGAAUAAAACGUGCAAAAAAGCCACGAGCAUCAGGAAAUCCUCAUUUAGGUCAAGAGCCAAAUCAGCGACUUGAUGAAGCUGAAAUUCCACAACCACUCAUUCCAAAAAAUCAUCAGUUCCUAAGUCCAUCGGUUAAGGAGUAUCUUGAGCUUGGAAAGUCAAUACCGGGACGUCCAGGAAGCGAUUACCCUAUAUUAGCUGCUGUACCGUACACAAAUUUCUAUUGUGAUGAACAACCGUAUCCGGGAUUCUUUGCUGACGUUGAGACACGCUGUCAAGGAUGGCAUUAUUGCGAUAUCGAUGGUCGACAAGCAACAUUUUUAUGUCCAAAUGGUACUCAAUUUUCUCAGGCUGUACUGACAUGCGAUUGGUGGUUUAAUGUACGCUGCGAAUUGUCACCACAGCUUUAUGCCAUUAAUGCGAGAUUGUAUCAACGACCAAAAGUUAAUUUAACAAAACCACAUAGAAUAAUAACAAAGGAACUAUUAGAUGAUAUUUUUACAUAGGUUAUUAUAUCACUCGAAAAUGAUCUUUAGAAAUAUAAUAUAAAAAUAAAAUAUAAAAUACUAUAGACAGACAUUUGUAUUGUAUAUAUGCAUAACUGCCUAUAAUUUAUGUAUUGCAAGAGGUACUUCAAACUUAUAAUGAAUGGAUUGAAUCGAGCCAGUUUAUUACUUUUUGCAAUUCCCCCCUUUUUUUGCCUGCCUUACUAUACUUUAUAGUAAGUUGCUUUUUUGACAACUCUAACUUGACAUUGAAGGACAAAUAUCAAUAAACUCACAAAAAUUCAUUUAUGCUCCCAUAAUUUUUGUUUAGAUUGAUGCUUAGAUACUUCAUUAUGAUCAGAGAUUAAGCUUUAGGACAUUCAUGACUUUUGUAGAUUUGCAACUUUGUUACUUAUUGGGGUUGGUUGUAAAUGAUGUCUACUUUUGAAGUAAAAGAAGGGUUUGGUGCUAUGUUACACUUAAAGAAGUGUAUAAGGGAGUCGAAAAUCCCAACAAUUAGAUUGAUAUCAUUUAUGAACAACCAAUCUUAACCCAUAAGACUUGUUUUGCUCAACAGCAGUCAAUAUUGAUAUUAAUGGAUAUUUAUAUACAACAAAUUUAUUGGUUUUUUGUGGUCGAAAUACUUCAAUCUCAUUUUUAUGAAAGAAUAUAGCCACUGGGUAAAUAUAAUAUCAAGUCAGCUGGUUAGUACAGUAGCAACUUUGACGGCAACACCUUUUAGCUACCUGAUUUCUUUUGAUUUUUGAUCGACAGAAUGAUCGAUUCGUGUGAAGAAUUUUAUUUAUUUACAAUGUAUUUAAAGUUCAAUAAAGGUGGACAUUGAGGUUAGGUUGGAUGUCAAAGCUAGUUUUGGAUUGAAUUUCAUGUCAAGUUAAACAUGACGGAAGGGUUUGAUUAAUUUUGAAUCAACAUUUGAAUUUUGGAUUUUAAAUUCUGCAAAACAACCUCAAUGCCACAUUGCCAUCUAUGCAUCUUCCAUUUUAAAUCUAAUUUUCGCAAUAAAUUGACUUCUCAUCCACAAUUGUCUUCCUAUUCAAUUAAUUGAUUCCUUUUAAAUUGCUUAAUUCCAUUCAAAUGUUUAAACUCUCAUGCGUGAUCUUUCAAAAAAGCAAAACUUCCCAAAUAAAUCUUCAAUUCCCAAUUAAAAUCAGCUCUAACAUGAACUUUAUAUUAACAAUCCCAUAACAAGCCAAAUCAUGCAGAUCAUGUUCACUUAAAAAUCCACCAAUGUAGAGCAAAAUAACAUAACGACGACAAUAAGUUAUUAAAUCUACUACACUACAGUCAAAAGAUCAUCAUUUGUAAUGUUAAUAUUGUAAUUGCUGUAUGACAAGCAAGGUCACACGAUGCCUUAAUCGUCGUUAAAGAAAUGAUCGAUGUUUUAUGAUCAUAAAUUGGUUCGUUUCAUCGGAAGACAUUACUUUUGAGUGUUUAAUGUGCUAUUAAGUAACAAAUGUUUUUAUUGAUGUAUUAAUUAAUCCUGAGCGUGGAUUAUUAAUGAGGUUUGAUACUUUGUGGGCUUCUCUAACAAGGUAAAACUGGCUUAAGAUGCUAUUUGGAGCAUACUGAUCGUAAAAGUUUGAAAGUUGAUGAAGAAUCUAAGCAUUAAUUUGUAGGAGCAUAUCUAGAACUUUGUUGAGGAGAAUGGUAAGGAGGAGUUGUACUUCUAGAAGUAUGAUCUGACUUCAGACCACUAGAAACCCUCUAGAAAACAGUUAAGUUGUCAAUCUUAAAGAAAUUUUAACCUAAAAACCUACAAACUUUCAUUAUUUCACUUCCAAUCCUUAAAAACGAACAAACAAAAAACAAAACAAUGCAAUAAUAAAGAGAAAUUAAAUUCAUGACCUCAUAUGUACGUGCAUAAACAAUAAUAACGACACUAUAUAUUUUGUGAUGACCAUUCAUUAUAAUAAAUGUUAAAAAAUAAACUUUUCCUUAAAUAAUAAUUAAAAAAUUUGUAUUUUUAUAACAAUAAUUUUUGCAACAUCGACACACAGUAUUGAGUAAGAUAUUAAGUAGAAAAAUAAAAAUAAUAAUUGAGAGAGACCUUAAGUACAUGUACAUUGAUAUGUGUACUGCAUGUUUAUGUAUAAAGUGCAUUAUUAUAUAAAUCAAAAUGUAAUUUAUUCUCUGCAAAACAACAACAGUUCAAUUAGUUUUUGCUCGAUUUAUUUUAAUUGUAAUUUUUUAAAUUUCUUAACCUUUUUUUGUAAAUUUUUAUAUAAAAAAAUUAUUGCAUUUUAAAAUUUGCCAUUUUUAUUAAACUUUUUUUUUGUAAAUAAUGAUUUUUAAUUGAAAGCAAGGGUGGAUCAGAUUGGUAAGAGAAUUGAAGCUAUUGACAUUAAAUUUGCAUUUCCAGUCAUCUAAUAAGGAAUGUGAAUUGAACAUUUUAGAGGCAAUAUGCAUAAAUUGAAGAUUUUCUUAAUUACAAAAUUGCAUAAUUCCUAGAAAUAAUAAAUUCAAAAAUAUAUGGGAAGGUCGAGUGAGGAUGAAUUUGCACAAAAAUAAGUGGUAAAGUAAGACGUGAUGAUGGGAAAGAUUCAUUGAUAGUUAAUUGCCAAUAAAUAGUAAUUAAAUGACUUAAUAGGCAAGUCAAGUAUUCAAAAACAUUUAAAAUUCCAUUUUUAAUUUCAAAAUGUUUUGUUUACAUUUUUUCGAUAUCGAAAACUACAAACUUCGAAAAUGGUGUGUUUACAUUAACACUUCAACAUUUUGUCCUUCACUUUUGCCUUAAUUCCAAGUUUAUUUGUUAAUUAAAUGAUAAAGAAGUAAUUAAAAAACGUGAGCAAAGCAUUUAACAUGAUGUUUGCAGCCUGAAUCAGUCUUUAUAAGCUUAAAAUUGUAAAUUUUUGAUUUUAACUUUAAAAAUUAUUUGUAAACAAAUCAACGAAAAUGUGUAAGAAAUUUUAAAUAUCAAAAAUAACGGGUUUUCUUUUAUUUUUCACAAAUUGAUUAUGAAUCUCAAAUCUAUCGUAAUUAUACGGAAAAGAGACAAUAAUUUUAUAACUUCUUAUCAUCUCAUUCCAAUUCAAUCUUCACUCAUUAAAUUAUCCCUUUCCCUCAAUCACUAAAAGCACAGCACCCAUAAAUAUACCUUCCAAGACAUCUCAAGAUUGAGUAUCCCCAACAUAUUCUCAAGAAAUUUAUGCCCUUCAUUCUAUCAUUUCGUUUGGAUCAAUGAGCUUAAAAUUUAUGCAACGACGUUCUGCUCGACAAGAUUCUUUGAAAUAUAAUGUUUAUGUUUAUGAUUAUAUGCAUUUAAACUGCAACAGUUGUCUGAGCAGCAGCAUAAAAUAAUGAAAUUAAAAAAGAAUUGUUAUAGCACAUUGCAGAUUAUGAUCGAAUGAUUACUAAACAUGUGUAAUUUGUUUUAAUGUUAAAUUUUAAAUGUUGCUGGAAAUAAUCAUUAGCUGUAUAAUAUAAAUGCACUAAUAAGGCUGAGUGAGAGGAACAAAAUUGGUUCUUGUUUGUCAUUUUAGGAGUUGAAGUUGGAUGGAAUGUGAAUGUAGUCAAUUAGCUGAGAUUUAGCAAUGAGAAUCGCUUUUAAAUGUAAAGAUCGAGUUGAUUGGAGGAUGAACCUGCUCAGGGGAUUUGCAUUUGCAUUUCAUAGACGAAACAACUUUCAAAAUGAUCCAGAACUUAAAGAUUGUAAGAUUGUGACUGAAACAUGGAGUUGGAUGUUUGUUAGAGGAUUUUAAACCGAACUAUAAGCAGCUAAGCUAAUUUAAUGAAGAGAAUUCAUCAACAAAAGCUUCCCAGUGACUAAAUCAACUCGUAAUCUGUCUAACUCAGUCAUCCUCAUUAACCAAACCUCAAUUCACAUCUCCACCAGCCUCAGCAUAAAUUUCCCUGCAAUUUCUGAUUCAAAAAUGCAAAUUUACCUGUCAUUACGUCUUUCUCUUUACUUACAUGAUAGGCCCUUGCACUUUUUUGUAAAUUUUUUAUACCCAUAAUACUUGUACAUCAUUAAUGUAUGCAUUAAACUUAUUUAUGGCACUUUAGUUUCUAAGAAACUACCAUUAAGAGCAUUAAAUGAAAAUUAUUAUUCCUUUUACUUAAAGACAUCAUAAAUUAUUCAUUUUAAUGUAUUUUUAUUAAAAAGGAAGUUGUGACAGAAGAAAAAUCUAUCGAAUAAUAAUUUUAAUAUAUUUUGUAGCUCCUAUUUUCCCUCUAUCGAAUUUGUAUAUUUUUGUAUAAAAAAAAAUUAAAAAUAAUCUCCAAAAAAAUGAAAUAAAAUGAACAAAAAAAGAGAGACAAUCAAAUUUGCUGCAUUUUUAAAUUUUAUUACUGCAUUAUACAGAUGUACAGUCCUUAUUUGGAUGCGUUUGUUUAUUUUUAUCUGGAUUUUUGGGUGUUGGAUGAGAUAAGCUGCAUUUUGGGGUGAGUUUGAUGUUUUUAAGUCGCGUUUAAAGGCAUGGAGUUGUGCAAAGUCACAAUAAUCUUACUUAGUGAGCUUGAUAUGAUGAAAAUAAUUCUGUAACAUACUGGAUCUAUAGCUGAUGUGAAAUUUAAGUUGUCAAACUCUCAAGAAAUAAAGAAUCUGAUUGGAUAAAUCAAUGUAGUAAGGAUGCUUUAAUAUAGAAAUGUGGCACAGGAGAUGCUUUGUUGGAUGCAAACUCUUCUCUAGAUUAAAAUUAGCGGAGGAAAAAAAUCAGAUCCCUCCACAAAAAAUUUAGAAUCUGCAAUAAAACCUUCAAAUCCAU